UAGGCAAGUGUUAGUCCCUUUCAGGUAACGUUAGCUCUAUGUGAUACGAUUUUAAUCCAAUAACGUUACCUCUAGGUUGGGUUUUGGUGUUUUACUCACGUAAGAAGAUUUAAAGUUAGCUCCUGGAAACCGGGCGUUCAUCGCACUUUCAACGUAAGCAUGGCGCUGUCUUUGUCCUCCCCGUGUGGAAGCCCCUACGAUGAGGACGAGGAAAUGCCUGUGUUUGAGUCUACGGCAGCAGAGCACGGAGGCCUGGCCAGACCACGUCUCCCUGAGAUUUCUGUCAUUUCCCCUGGCCUGGCCACGCCGCCACCCAUUACAGAACCACAGAAACUAGCAGCAAAACCUGCCUUGGUGAGACAAGAAAGCCGAGAUGAAGGGAACACAGAGAGGGUGAAGGUUUUUUUGCGCAUCCGGCCACUUAUUAAGACGGAGAGAGAUAUGGGAGAGGAACAGGGUUGUGUGGCUAUCCAAGAUGAAGAGACUCUGCUGCUCAAAGCUCCAAAAGAAUCCCAGAACAUGAGGACCGCAGAGAGGGGCAUCACCCAGAGCAUGCACAAGUUCACUUUCUCAAAGAUUUUUGGGCCAGAGACCACACAGCAACAGUUUUAUGAGUGCACAAUGAAGACAAUGGUGAAAGACGUGCUUCAAGGAGAAAACAGACUCCUCUACACUUAUGGGGUCACCAAUUCUGGAAAGACCUACACUAUUCAGGGCAGUGGUCGGGAGGCAGGCCUCUUGCCCCGGACUUUAGCCUCUCUGUUCAGGAAACUGCAGGGUCGUCUCUAUGUUGCCAUGAACCUGAAGCCUGUUAUGUAUCAGGAUGUGAGGCAGCUUGACCCUGAUGAGGUCAGGGUGGAGGAAAUCCGCAGAAACUCUCUGCUCAAAGAGGAUGAGAAUCUGACUUCUCGUCGCGGUGGUACCACUACAAUCUGGGACAGCGGCGUUGGAGGACUCUCCUCUACAAGUAACAUUGCCACCCAGCUUGAAGACACUGACAGUGUUUGUCUGGAGCCUGACAGCCUUUCACACAGUGGAGGAGAUGAUCUGGAGGAAGGUGUACAGUUUUCUAUCUGGGUCUCCUUCUAUGAGAUCUACAAUGAGUUCCUGUAUGAUCUGCUGGAUGCUUCGCCCUCCUCGCAGCCCAGAAAAAGGGGCACACUACGGCUUAGUGACGACAAGCAGGGCAACCCCUAUGUAAAAGACCUCACCUGGAUCCAGGUCCGCAGUGCUGAGGAAGCUUGGAGGGUUCUGAGGGCUGGACGUCGUAACCAGAGCUUUGCCAGCACUCACCUCAACCAAAACUCCAGCCGAAGCCACAGCAUCUUCUCCAUCCGUGUCCUGCACGUCCACCCAGAGGAAGAGUCAGGCCAGGCCACGCACAUCAGCGAACUGACUGUGUGUGAUCUGGCUGGGUCUGAACGCUGUAAAGAGCAGCGUAAUGGUGAGAGGAUGAAGGAGGCCAACAACAUCAACACCUCCCUUUUAACACUGGGACGCUGUAUUGCUGCUCUGAGGCACAACCAGAACAACAAGUCGCGACCCCCUCAAGUGGUGCCCUUCAGGGAUAGUAAACUGACCCGGGUUCUGCAGGGUUACUUCUGUGGCCGAGGAACCUCCAGCAUGGUGGUCAACAUCAAUCCAUGUGCCUCCAUCUAUGACGAAACCCUCCAAGCCCUCAAAUUCUCAGCUAUCGCUACUCAAUUGGUCCAUGGCCCGUCCACAAAGACCAGAGUGGCAUACAUCCUGUCGCUAUUGCGUGAGCCAGCAGCAGAUGGUAAUGAAAGCACGGUGAUGGAAGAGGAAGAGGAUGAGAGUGAUGAUGAAGAAGGAGAUAUCACCAUGUUAAAUACUGAGCCUUUGCUGCAGGCCAUUGAUGUCCUGAAGAGAGUGGUGCAGCGUCAGCGGGAAGAGAAGGAGGUUCUUGAGGCAAAUGUGAGAGAGCAGGUGGUCUCUGAGAUGAUGGAGGUCAUCUCUAGGAUGCAAGAUGGUUUCAGUGAGACCUUGGAGGCAGAGAGGGCUCUAAUCGAAGAGAGGUGUGAAGACAAGAUAGCCAACAUGCAAAAACAUUUGAAGAAAUUCUACAGCCAGGAGCUGAAGGAGCGUGAUGAGGAGAUUGAAGCUUUGUCCGCUGCUCUUGAAAAAAAUAAGGCAGCUGAAUCGGUCCCCGUGUCAGGGCCGCAGGGAGACUCUGAGGGGCCUCGACGUUCUCAGCGCCUCACUACUCAGACAGAACUUGGCAGACUGCAUGCUGAGCUCAACCAGUGUCGCGCUGAGCUGCUCACCAAGACACAAGAGCUGACAAAGCUGAAGAUCCAGCUGGAUGUCUCAGGUUCAACCGGCACCUUCACCAACGCUGCGGAUCGCAAGCUGGAGGAGGGUCAGCGGAACUUGCGUCAGCUACGCCUGGCUCUGCAGAGGCUCGGGGUGGACCUGCAAUCUGGUGAACGAGCCUGCUGUCGCAACACAGGAGGGGAAAGGCUGCGCCAGGCUUUAACGACUGCAGAUGAGACACUGGCCAAACAGGACCAGAUCCUGGUGGAGCUUCAGAAUGGCCUGAUGCUUGUAAGAGCUGACUUGAGGCGGAAAGCAGAGACCCUGGCCCAGACACAGGCUGCCCAGCCCCAGCUACCCCCCUCAGGUUUUGCUGUGUCCACCACACCAGGUUCCUGCAAGAAGAGGGGUUGUGGGGCCGCUGCAGCAAGUGACACUGAGAACCGGCCUCCGCAAAAACGCCCCCUUUUCCAGUCUCUGUUCUCGACACGUACCCCAGCGCGUAAAUACAACAGUCGGGCCGUUGAAGAUGAAAACCAUACCCCCUACUCACGGAUCUUGCGGUCUCGCCAGCAGUCUCCACCUCGCAGCCCUGUGCUGACCCCUCGUAGUCUCCGUGGGAAGUACUGAGCACCUCUUUGGAGCUUUAGUGGGAGAGUGCAUUUUUUUUUAAUAUAUUAUGCCAAAACAGUUAUUUGCUGUUAACUUUAUAGUAUUUUUUUUUUGUGUAUAUAUUCACGUUUGCAGUGAAACUCACUGUCAUCAUGCUUUAAAUGGGGCUUGCAGUAUACUACUAGGGAAGUUGAGGUGCUCUUAAGCAGUAAAGCUGCUCAGUGGCUAAUAGUCACAGACUAAAAAUAGUGCAUGUGUGUUAACCUUUUCUGCCUCUACUGUAUUCUGUUAAUAAAAUACACAAAAUCCAUGA